CGCGCGAACGGAGCCCGUUUCUCUCCGCCCCACCCUUCGCUGGUCCGCGCGCCCGCCUCAUCCCCACCGUCCGAUCCCCAGCCGAUGGCGGCGGAGCCCCCGGCGGACGGCCGCGAUCCCCCGGCGGAAGACGACGGCGCCGCCUCCGCCGGCGACGGCGGCGCGGCGGAGUCGUCCGCGGCGGAGGCGCUCCUGAGCGCGGCGUCGGAGCAGCUGACGCUCGUGUACCAGGGGGAGGUCUACGUCUUCGACCCCGUCCCGCCCCAAAAGGUUCAGGCUGUUCUUUUGGUACUGGGAGGGUCCGACAUUCCUCCUGGUUUAGUAAGCAUGGCUGUACCUACUACAUUCGAUGAAAAGAGUACAACCGUGGCUGCCAGAAGGGUUGCUUCCUUGAUGAGGUUUCGUGAGAAGAGGAAGGAAAGAUGUUUUGAUAAGAAAAUAAGAUACAGUGUGCGUAAGGAGGUUGCUCAAAAGAUGAAACGACGUAAAGGCCAGUUUGCUGGAAGGGCAGACUUCGGUGAUGGUUCGUGUUCCUCUGCACCAUGUGGCUCCACAGCCAAUGGCGAGGAUGAUCAUAUCCGAGAAACGCAUUGCCAAAAUUGUGGCAUCAGCUCAAGGCUUACUCCAGCAAUGCGCCGCGGGCCAGCUGGUCCAAGGUCCCUGUGUAAUGCCUGUGGCCUAAUGUGGGCAAACAAGGGCACCCUAAGAAGUCCUUUGAAUGCCCCCAAAAUGAUUGUGCAGCAUCCUGCCGAUCUGAGUAAAACGGGUGAUACAGAUGACAGCAAAACAAAUCUUCAUGCUGAGCGUAACCAAACGACCACCAAAAUUGACUCUGAGAUGGUGGCAGAGCAGGAGCAGAAGGCAGACGUGUUGCCACCACCAACCAAAGAAGAAGAUAGCAUGGCUACUUCGUGACAAAUGUUCAGAUGCGUGUGUAUAAAAAUUGAUACGUAGGUUAUUUUUCAGAAACCCCUGACUUUAGGAUGGUACAUAAGGCAACAGAACUAACAAGAUCAAAGCUCCCGCUGCGAAAGAUGCACGCAGCGGCGCGCCAUAUUUAUCCCAUCCGUGUGUUGUUGUUGUUGUACCCUACUCACUCAUUCUGUACGAUUUGAGCACAGCUGAGUAAUACAGUUCUGUUUUGAUCGCGGAUGUCAGCUAGUAAUUUCUGACGUAGAACAAAGUUUCAUUCUGGCUAGUUCGUAGUUGUGAUAUGCAAUAGUGUUGUACUGUUGUAGAUUUCACUCGGUUCAUGGUACAGAGUUGUGAGUAUGUGACCGAUGCAAAA